AUGAAUAAGAUAAUCCUCAUAUUUGGCUUUGGACCUCGUAUCGCUGCAGGCGUGGCUCGCGCAUUUGCCAGCAAGGGCUACAAGGUAGCGGUGGUUUCUCGCACCAACAAAGCAAUUGAGCCCGGCGAUGAUUACCUAUGGAUACAAGCAGACUUGUCAGACGCCUUCUCAGUCGAGGGUGUCUUCACUACGGUCAGGAGUAAACUAGGGAUACCGAGCGUGGUUGUGUAUAACGCUUUCGCCUUUUCCACGCAAGGAUUCGAUCAGCCAUUAUCCAGUGUAAUUACCGAUGCUCAUAUCAAUACUUUUUCGGCUUAUGCAGCGGCUCAGCAGGCAAUCAAAGGCUUCGCAGAAUUGCCGCCGGAUGCCUCCAAAACGUUCAUUUACACCGGCAAUAAGCUGCAUCUGAUGGCGAUGGAGCCGCUCGUUUCCUUUGGAAUGGGCAAAUCAGCAUCUGCGCACAUGAUACACUAUUUGGCGGAAGUGUAUAAAUCUAGUGGCUACAAAUUCUACCACGCUGAUAACCGUGAGCCCGGAGGAGAGGCCAGAUAUUACAACCCCAGUCCCGAGGCUCAUGGCGAACACUACCUGAGAUUAGCAGAAGAAAAAGAGCAAGGCCCGUGGAAUAAUACAUUUGUGGAUGGGAAAGGGUAUGUGAAAUUUGACGAGUCGUUGAUAUUCGGAGGCCAUUUCCCCCUCCCAAGUUGA